UAUGUAAUAAAAACCCAAGGCUCCAGAAACAACAAAAGGAAGUGGGGAAACAAGAAUCGUAGCAAAAGUUCCCCUCUUGAAAAGAAGAAUAAACAGGAGAGGAAUCAGAAAAAAGACCCCAACCAUGACGAAUUCCCUGAAGUGGAGUUUGAUUGUAAUGUAAUUAGUGGAGCCUUGGGGGGAGGAGGAGAUACGGUAAGUGCUAGAAGAAGAUACCUGAGGGAAGUACUCUCUAUGCUGGACCGUCCCAGGUUUAAAGAAGACCUGGCCAAGACAGAUCCUCUUCUUUUGUACUUUACUAAAGAAGACAUGCACGGCGUGUUGCCGGGUCAUGUAGAUGGUUUGGUCAUUGCUGGGACCUUAGUGAAUUGCCGGGUUAGGAAGAUUUUUGUAGAUGCAGGAAGCUGUGCCGACAUCAUACUCUGGGACGCCUUUAAAAGGAUGAACCUGGACGAAGAGGACCUCAAACCUUGCAAAACGACGCUGGUAGCCUUUAAUGGAGAGCAUACACCUCCUAAAGGUUACAUUGAUCUCAGAUUAACCCUGGGAACAAAAGAAGCGUUCAAGUCGGAACGGGUAAGGUUUAUAGUGGCUGAUUUCCCAUCAGAAUACAACAUUAUUCUCGGAAGGCCAACUAUACACCAAUGGGACAUGUUGGUCUCCACGAAGCACCAAAAAAUCAAGAUGCUAAGCAGUAAAGCCAAAGUAAUUACGAUUUGUGGAGAUCAAAAAGAGUCCAGAGGAUGUUAUUUCGACACUGUUAAGGAUAAUGAGGAUGGGCAUACUGGUCCACCACGAGUUCACACAGGGGACAAACAAGGAAAGAAGAUAGUUCCGCAGAACUCCAGCAAACCUGUUAACGUAGUUGAGCUCGACAUGAGGGAAGAAGCUGCGCCGAGGCCAGAACCCAACGGAGAGCUAGAAAACCUGAUACUCGAGGAGGAUCUCGGACAGUAUACUCGGAUCGAUAAGUCCAUCGAUCCGAAAAUCAAACAAGUGUUGGCCGACUUUCUUAAAAGCAACACGGAUGUAUUUGCAUGGAAGUCGUCAGAUAUCCCAGGCAUCGAUCCCGCUUUUUGUUGCCACAAAUUGGCAGCUCAUCCGGGGUCCAAGCCAAUUGCCCAGAAGAAAAGAAAACUGAGACCAGAGAGAAUGCAAGUUCUGCAAGAACACGUCAAGGAACUCUUGGAUGUCGGAUUUAUUCGGGAGUUACAAUAUACGACAUGGCUUGUUAAUGUGGUAAUGGUAAAAAAACCAAAUGGGAAAUGGAGAAUCUGCACUGAUUACACAGAUUUAAACAAGGUUUGCCCGAAGGAUGCCUAUCCUAUGCCCAACAUUGACCAAUUGGUAGAUAACUCAGCUGGAUUUCGUUUGUUGUCCUUUAUAGACGCCUACUCUGGGUACAACCAGAUUCCAAUGUACCCGGCCGAUCAGGAAAAGACGACAUUUAUUGCCGAAAAGGCCAAUUAUUGUUACAAUGUAAUGCCAUUUGGGCUCAAAAACUCAGGGGCAACCUAUCAGAGGAUGAUGAAUAAGGUCUUUGAGGAUCAGCUGGGAAGAAAUGUAGAAGUUUACAUUGAUGACAUGAUUGUAAAGUCAUUUGAUAUGAUGGAUCAUGUCAAGGAUCUUGAACAAACAUUUCAAAAGCUCAGGAAGUACCGCAUCCGCCUCAACCCGGUUAAAUGCGCGUUUGGGGUAGCAGCCAAAUUUUUUUUGGGAUUUAUGCUAACCCAUAGAGGAAUUGAAGCAAAUCCCGACAAAUGCAAGGCAAUACUUGAUAUGAAAUCACCCCGGAGCAAGAAGGAAGUCCAACAGCUAACUGGUCGACUAGCUGCGCUGACCCGGUUCCUCCCGAAGUCUGCGAAAAAUGCCCUCCCAUUCUUUAAGCUUUUAAAGAAGGAGGCAACUGACGGAUGCAACCCGGCUUGUGAAGCUGCGUUCGAGAUGGUCAAGAAAUGUCUAGCAACUCCACCAGUCCUCUCGAAACAAAACCCGGGAGAGAUUCUGAUCCUGUAUUUGGCAGUAGGGGAGGAAGCGAUUAGUGCCGUACUGAUCAAAGAAACCAACGACGGCCAAGAGCCAAUCUACUUUGUCAGUAGAGCCCUUCAAGGCGCAGAAGUCCGAUACCAAAAGCUAGAGAAGGUGGCUUUUGCUUUACUGGUCAUGGCCAGAAGAUUACGACCGUAUUUUCAGGGCCAUCAAAUAGUUGUCAGGACCAAUCAGCCUAUCCGACAGGUGUUACACAAGCCGGACCUGGCAGGAAGAAUGACCAAUUGGGCAAUCGAGCUCAGUGAAUACGACAUAACAUAUGAAAGCCGGAAAGCAAUCAAAUCACAAGUUUUGGCCGACUUCAUAAUGGAACUGACACCAGUAAAUUCAAAGCAUGAAAAAGCCGGUGAUACAUGGAAGGUCUACGUGGAUGGAUCUUCUAACAGUAGAGGAAGUGAGGCUAGAAUCAUAUUAGAAAGCCCAGAAGGAGUAACAAUAGAGCAUUCUUUGAACUUGGGAUUUCCAACCUCAAACAAUCAAGCAGAAUAUGAAACUCUGAUAGCCGGGUUGGUGCAGGCUAAAGAAAAUGGAGCUAGGAAAGUGCAAAUCUUCAGUGACUCGCAACUGGUAACUUCACAGAUAGAAAGAAAGUACCAAGUUAAAGGUCCUUUGUUAAUGAAGUACCUAAGUCGAGUUCAAGAGAUCAUGACCGACUUUGAUGAGGCGCGGGUUACCCACAUCCCACGGGGGGAGAAUAGCCGAGCCGACAUCUUGUCAAAGUUAGCCAGCACCAAAAAUCCAGUGGAACACCCACAAUCGAAAGGGCAUGCCGAAGCAGCCAACAAAGUGAUUGCGGAAGGUCUUAAAAAACGAAUGUUUGAUGCAAAAGAAAGCUGGGUUCGUCAGCUGUACUUUGUCUUGUGGGGUUACAGAACCAGCACCCAGACUGCAACGGGAGAAACCCCUUACAGACUAACGUACGGAUGUGAAGCCAUGAUUCCGGUAGAAAUUGGAGAACCCUCAUGGAGAAAAUUGAAUAAUCUUGAACAAGGUGAACAACAAAACAGUAAAAUGCUUACUGAAGAAUUACACCUUGUAGAUGAAGCUAGGGUCACAGCUCACUGCCGGAAUAUGAUGGCCAAACAACAGACUGCAGCAAAAUACAAUAAGAAGGUGAGACCAAGAAAUUUCGAAAAGAACGACUUGGUACUCAGGAGAGCAGAUAUUGGCAACAAGAACGCCAAAGAUGGAAAGCUAGCUGCAAAUUGGGAAGGACCUUACCGAGUUAGAGAAAAACUCAGAAGAGGUGCAUACAUCCUGGAGACUGUCGAAGGCAAAGAAGUUAAGCGGACCUAG